UGUUGUGGAGAGAGUUCAUAUAAUAUCUCAACACAUACAUGCUGUCCUAAUGACCGUACCAUUAUUCCUAAAGAUCCUGAUUUUACUUGCUGUGGAACUGGUAAAAUACAUUACGAUCCAACAAAUUUUAUCUGUUGUAAUAACCAAUUGACUCCAUUUAUUGACGGAACUAGGCCAGCUUGUUGUGGAUUUUCUACAAUUGAUGAAAACAAACAGAAAUGUUGUAAAGAAAAUACUAUUGAAUUCCCAACAGAUGAGGGCAUUCAUUUAGGCUGUUGUGGAGAAGGUUCCUUUAAUCCAAUGAAUGAAUUGUGUUGUAAUAAGCAUGUAGUUCCGAAAGUGGGUCUGGCUGAUGCAUGUUGUGGUAUCAACCCUUACAAUCCUGGCAUCAAAGGUUGUUGUCAUCAUACUGUAUACAACAAGACAACAGACAAGUAUGAACCUUGUGGUAGUACUUUAAUCAAGACAAAGAAUGAAAUAUGCUGUUGGGGAGCCAGCCACCUGCGAGGAAAUGAUACUGAAUGCUGUGGGGUUAACACCUUUAAUAAAAAGAAGGAAAUAUGCUGUGGGUCUCAAGCAUACAAUAUUGAUCAAAAUAAAGGAAGGUAUGUAUAA